AAUAAGUAAUGUAAACAUAUCAAUAAUUACCAGGAAGCUCUACAUUUGUUUUAAAAUCACACUAAGAUUGUUAAAACUGGCCUCGGGUUAUUGAGAGAUCUGAUUUAGGAUUUACCCUCGUAGCAAGGUUGUUUUAUCAUGUGGUUUCAUUCGGGUCUCUAUUUUAAAAUAACACUGUCUUUGUGUUAUUUUGGCAACCAGUCAGUUUGGCAGGAGAAAGGCCAGACUCGGAGGAACCAGAGCCAGGGACGUCCAAACUAGCAAGACGACACCACUGCUCCCACUGUGGAAAGAGUUGUAACCGGUUAUGGGACCUGAAACAGCAUGAGACAAUGCACACAGGGGAGAAGCCUUACCACUGUUCCCAGUGUGGAAAGAGUUUUCACCAGAAAGCACACCUGAAAGCACACGAGAGAAUACACACAGGAGAGAAGCCUUACCACUGCUCCCAAUGUGGAAAGUGUUUCAACCAGUCAGGGGGGCUGAAACUACAUGAGAGAAUACACACAGGAGAGAAGCCUUACCAAUGCUCCCAAUGUGGAAAGUGUUUUGUCCGUUCGGGGGAGCUGAAACAACAUGAGAGAAUACACACGGGAGAGAAGCCUUACCACUGCUCCCAAUGCGGAAAGGUGUUCGUCCGUUCGGGGGGGCUGAAACUACACGAGAGAACCCACACAGGGGAGAAGCCUUACCACUGCUCCCAGUGUGGAAAGUGUUUCGUCUGUUCGGGGGAGCUGAAACAACACGAUAGAAUACACACGGGAGAGAAGCCUUAUCACUGCUCCCAAUGUGGAAAGUGUUUCGUCCGUUCGGGGGAGCUGAAACUACACGAGAGAAUCCACACAGGGGAGAAGCCUUACCAUUGCUCCCAGUGUGAAAAGAGUUUCAGCCGGAAAGCAUUCCUGAACCAACACGAGAUAAUCCACACAGGGGAGAAGCCUUACCACUGCUCCCAUUGUGGAAAGUGUUUCAACCAGUCGGGGGAGCUGAAACAACAUGAGAGAAUACACACAGGAGAGAAGCCUUACCACUGCUCCCAGUGUGGAAAGAGUUUCAACCGGAAAGCAAACCUGAAACGGCACGAGAGAAUACAUACAGGAGAGAAGCCUUACCACUGCUCCCAAUGUGGAAAGUGUUUCAUCCGGUCAGGGGAGCUGAAACAACAUGAGAGAAUACACACAGGAGAGAAGCCUUACCACUGCUCCCAGUGUGGAAAGAGUUUCAACCGGAAAGCAAACCUGAAACGGCACGAGAGAAUACAUACAGGAGAGAAGCCUUACCACUGCUCCCAAUGUGGAAAGUGUUUCAUCCGGUCAGGGGAGCUGAAACAACAUGAGAGAAUACACACAGGGCAGAAGCCUUACCUCUCCUCCCAGUGCAAAGCUUUUGCCCAUUUAGGAAGCCUGAAAGAACACAUUAGACUGCACACAUAGGAGAAGGCUUAGAAAAGCUCAGACUGUGGGAUAACAUAUUACUCAUAACAGUCAUUUAAACAUCAUUAGAGAAUCCACACAGGAAAGAGAAAUUACUUCUCUUAGCGUGUAUAUUGAUAUACAUCACAUUGACUUAAAAUUCAUCAGAGAACAUACACAGUGCUCCCGUUGUCUUAUAUUGUUGACUGACAAUGUGUUUACCUGUCUUUACCAGAUGAAAUGAAAUGGUACAGGGUAUACUCAAACAUAUAUUUGUUUGUUUUUAUUAGAAAACAUGAAUUGACUAUGGAGUCUGUCAGUUUGAAUAUAAAGAAGAUCAGGUUCCUUCUUUUAAACUGUCCUUUUUUAAACUCUAUGUGUGUUUAUCUGGGUGUGUCAUUCCUCCAGCACUACAGAUAAUCAAGUGAUAUUUGGAUGUGAUGCAUUUGUUCCAUUGUUGACAUUUGCAUUGUUGGCCCACUGAUGAUUUAAUGACAUGAAAAUGUUCAGACUCUGUAAUGGAAAAUGUUAGUUGUAUGUGUGUCCACAUAGUAUGUGACUAACCUUGUGAAACUCCUAUUAUAAUCUCCUGUUUUUAGGACUAUCAUUCUGUGUUGCAAAUCAAUUUACACCUGUGUCCUUGUAUGAAUAAAGUCCCGCCCAGGCACAGGAAACUAUAAAGAUAUGUGCUCAUCACCCAAUGCUUCAGGAAUUCAGACUGUCUACACUGCACUGUGUAACUCUGUUAUUCUCUCUGAGCUCAGAAAUAAAGAGUCUUGGUUUGA